CUGUCAGAUCACUCAGAUGUGACUGAGUAGGGGUAACAUUUUGCUGGAAUUGAAAGUUUUUACAGGAUGUGCGUAUUCAAGUGCCAUUAAAUUCUUUACAUUUGUAUGCUUUUGUUGGAAACUAAUCUAGCAACAACAUAUUAGAAGACGCUCCAAUGCAAAGAGAACCGUGUGAUAAUUUCUUCGAUUAAUCAUUAAUGGAUUGGUGAAUCCUGUCCAAUGUUUUCUUAUAUCAACCGAGAUAUCAACUGGUCUAAAAAUAUAGUUUGACUCGCUUUAGGUUCUCCAAAGGCACGGUGCGAAUAUGAAUUGAUAGAGAAAAUGUGAAACAGGCCAAAUUUGUUGAUCAAUAAAAGUUACAAGUGAAGAAAAAAUCCUCAAAGCGAUUUACGCGCUUGUUGAUUUUGAGUUCUUCAAUUAUUUUUCUGAAAUUUCGAUAUGGUUUGAAUGAAUUCAAAACGUACUGUCCGUUAUGAAUGAAUUUGUGUAAGGAUUGUGUUUUAUUUGUUGAUGGAACAACAAAAACUGGUGAAAAAUGAUAUAAUAGCAUGUGCUAAAAGUGGUAGGUCCUUUUCAUCUGCGAUGCUGUGUUUUCUUCAUGGAUUCAACGAUAGAGAUGAGAAAAAUCCCAACAGAGAGCAGAAAACAUUCAGAUUUCGUCUUCUGAGGAAAUCAAGAUCUUCGGCGAACUUCGAUAUCUCAACCUCCGACAGAGCAAUGGUAGUACCCAACAAGACACACUGUCGAACCCAAUCGGCUGUAUCGCCGAACCUCGGCGACGCCACUACUAGGGCAGCGGUACGUACGCUGGCGGGUUCCGCAUCCGCCGCGUCCUUGCUGCAGGUUCAUCGCAGUCCUAGUCAUCACCAACAAAGCGUGUUCACCAAGAUGGACAAAGCCUCCUUGAAAUUGCUUUCUACUUCAUCGCCAGCGAUGACUUCACAGUCGCAGAUAACUGCACCUCCAAGUCCGAAACCUGAAAAGAAGGACGAAGAAACUCCAGCUGCCUCGAAGUCUAGACAGAAAAAGUUUCAUCGACAUUUUCCUACCGUUGAGAGCGACGAGCAGGUGCUCAAUUAUUACUCGUGUGCCCUCAUUAGUGAUAUUUUACUACAGGGGCACCUUUAUAUUACGAAAAACUAUUUUGCCUUCUACUCGAACGUUUUCGGAUAUGUGACGAAACUUCUGAUCCCAAUGCUAACCGUAGAGAAAAUAACGAAGGAAAAAACAGCGAGGAUUAUCCCUAAUGCUGUUGGUAUUUCGACUGCCGAAGAGAAGCACGUUUUCGGAAGUUUGAUCUCCCGAGAGAAUACCUACAAGUAUAUGAUGAAGAUUUGGGAGGUAUCUCACAAGGCCAUGGAGGAGGCUACGAUCGAACCGGAAGUACUAGUGACUCCAGAAGCUUUGGAGCUGGCUACCGAAAGCGAUUCAUCUGAAACAAAAGAAGGUGAGAGCGAUAAAGAAGAUAACAUCAGAUUGAAUGAUAUUAAAUCUGUUCACUAUCACCAAGCUGGUUCGAAUAUUAAACGUAGACUUAUCCAAAAAUACGAAAGUAUAUCAGAUUUGCCUACGCAAACUUUGAUAUUGUAUGCUGCCAUGUUUUUAUUGUUAACGUUAACUCUAUCUGCCACAUUGAUCCUUUAUAGAAUAAGCAAAAUCCAUGAUGAGUAUGUUUCACUUAUGGAGCACCAUGACCCUUCAUUGUCCGGUGAAAAUGUGUAUAACCAGCUACUUCGCUUCUCAAUGCAUCUGCAUUCAAAGUCUGCCAACUCAAUGCACAACUUCAUAGAUUCCAAUUUACAUCAGAUUUCCAAGAUAAGACAGAAUCUAGAGCUACUCUCGUCUCUUUUGAUGCCAAAAGAUCCGUUGUACGACGCCAACAUGAAGGAACAUCGCCAGGAGGAUAUGCUGAGCAAUGACAGUUGAAGUUUCCACCUACAGAACAUUUUGUUGAACAACCAGACCAGAUUCUUGUGAUAGAGAAGUGCAUCCUAUAUGGAUGAAAGUUCCGCACUUUGAGUUGAUUCGCUAUUAGAGUUAAAACAAUAAGGAGUUCUUUCACGGAAUGCAUUUCAUUUUUGAUGGACUUCCGUUGACAAAGAACCCAAUUCGCCAAUAUGAAAUGCUGUGAAAUUUGUAUGUUUGCUAUCUGAAUGGAUGAUAACUUGGAUGAUAUAAACACAAGUGAUGAAUGAUGAAUUAAUUCAGCAUUAAAUUGUUAUCCGUUGGAAUACAUCUCAAACAUCCCGAUCCGGGUUUUUCAUGCUGAUAGAAUAACCUCGCUACAGAAGAAAACGACAUUUUAAUUUGAAUAAAACAUAAAUAUGUAUAUAUGUCAAUCAUAAGGAGCAUUGUAUUAUACAUUAUGUAAUAUGACAAAGUGUACCGAUUUCUCGAAUUAACAAAAUAAGAAUUGACAAUGACAAUGCGAAAGAGUUCUA